AUGGCGAUGCCGUAUGCCUCUCUUUCCCCGGCAGGCGACCGCCGCUCCUCCCCGGCCGCCACCGCCACCGCCUCCCUCCUCCCCUUCUGCCGCUCCUCCCCCUUCUCCGCCGGCGGCAAUGGCGGCAUGGGGGAGGAGGCGCGGAUGGACGGGAGGUGGAUGGCGAGGCCGGUGCCCUUCACGGCGGCGCAGUACGAGGAGCUGGAGCACCAGGCGCUCAUAUACAAGUACCUGGUGGCCGGCGUGUCCGUCCCGCCGGAUCUCGUGCUCCCCAUCCGCCGCGGCAUCGAGUCCCUCGCCGCCCGCUUCUACCACAACCCCCUCGCCAUCGGGUACGGAUCGUACCUGGGCAAGAAGGUGGAUCCGGAGCCGGGCCGGUGCCGGCGCACGGACGGCAAGAAGUGGCGGUGCGCCAAGGAGGCCGCCUCCGACUCCAAGUACUGCGAGCGCCACAUGCACCGCGGCCGCAACCGUUCAAGAAAGCCUGUGGAAACGCAGCUCGUGCCCCACUCCCAGCCGCCGGCCGCCUCCGCCGUGCCGCCCCUCGCCACCGGCUUCCACAGCCACUCCCUCUACCCCGCCAUCGGCGGCGGCACCAACGGUGGUGGAGGCGGGGGGAACAACGGCAUGUCCAUGCCCGGCACGUUCUCCUCCGCGCUGGGGCCGCCUCAGCAGCACAUGGGCAACAAUGCCGCCUCUCCCUACGCGGCUCUCGGCGGCGCCGGAACAUGCAAAGAUUUCAGGUAUACCGCAUAUGGAAUAAGAUCUUUGGCAGACGAGCAGAGUCAGCUCAUGACAGAAGCCAUGAACACCUCCGUGGAGAACCCAUGGCGCCUGCCGCCAUCUUCUCAAACGACUACAUUCCCGCUCUCAAGCUACUCUCCUCAGCUUGGAGCAACGAGUGACCUGGGUCAGAACAACAGCAGCAACAACAACAGCGGCGUCAAGGCCGAGGGACAGCAGCAGCAGCAGCCGCUCUCCUUCCCGGGGUGCGGCGACUUCGGCAGCGGCGACUCCGCGAAGCAGGAGAACCAGACGCUGCGGCCGUUCUUCGACGAGUGGCCGAAGACGAGGGACUCGUGGUCGGACCUGACCGACGACAACUCGAACGUCGCCUCCUUCUCGGCCACCCAGCUGUCGAUCUCGAUACCCAUGACGUCCUCCGACUUCUCCGCCGCCAGCUCCCAGUCGCCCAACGGCAUGCUGUUCGCCGGCGAGAUGUACUAG